GGAGUUUAAGCCUCCCAGCCAGAGCUUCCCAAGCUAAGGAAGUCAGAGACAAAGCGUAGUUUGACCUGUUUAGUGUACUCAGACUCCCAUUCAGCCCUAUUGAUACAUCAAGUGAGAAGCUGAGGCAAUGCCACACCCAUAAUAAAGACUUCAAUGACACGAGAGUCGUACCGCGCCCAGAGGACUUUAUCCGAGCUCGUCUGUGAGAUACACUCAGUGUGGUGGAGUCCAGAGAAAUUCAACUACUGCAGAUCACAUACACACACAGCAGGAUGUAUGAGCGCGCGCUGUUCUCGGUCUGGCUGCUUACUUUGGUGCUGUUUCAGAGCGCUGAGUCUUGUGAGUUGAGGCCUGUGCUUGCUCAGGUUCCUAAGAGACUGCCCGCCGGUUAUGUCAUCUCUGAGGGCACGGAAGCAUUGACCCUCAAAGGCUGUGCGGUCAAGCCCGUGGCCUUUACUUCCAGCGACCCUGACUUCGCUGUAAAUACAGAUGGGACCAUUAUCACAGUUCGUGGUUUGGUGAUUACAACAAAACGGUUUUCUGUACUGGUGCAGGAUGAGAGCGGCUUGGAUUGGAGGGUAGACAUUAUCUUGUCCUGUAAAGAUGAGGCAUCUCAGAAGUCCAGCAGCGUGGCUCACAAGCGCAUUAAGAGAAGAUGGAGACCUUUGCCUUUCUCUCUUAUUGAGAAUGACAGCCCUCCAUUCCCAAAGGACCUGGAGAUGAUUGCAUCUGAUUCCUCUGUAAAUUACACAGUGUAUUAUCAGAUCAGUGGACAGGGUGUUACGACAGAUCCUGUGGGCCUAUUCCUGCUCGACAGGACAAAUGGCAUGCUGAAGGUGACCAGGGCCGUUGACCGUGAGCAGUACCCACAAUUCAACUUUAUAGCUCGUGUGUAUGACGUACGUGGCAAAGAAGUUGAUGCAUUUCUGCCCAUCACUGUGAAUGUGGAGGAUAAGAAUGACAACACCCCUGAGUUUAUUGGAGGUCGCUUUUUCUCUGUACAAGAACGGUGCAGGGCAGGUACUCCUAUAGGACAAGUGAAUGCCACAGAUAAAGAUCUGGCAAACACCACACACACCUUGAUCAAGUUUACUCUGCUCAAUGCUACUGACAUGUUCUCCAUUGAACCUUUUACUGGAAAAUUGACUGCUAAAACCAACACUUUAGACAGAGAGGCUCAGGACAAAGUCUAUGUUAACAUAGAGAUCAGAGAUAUGGGCGGCAAUCCUACUGGGCUCUUCAACACAGGAAUAAUUGUGAUUACUCUCACAGAUGUUAAUGAUAACCCUCCUACCUUUAAAGAGAAGUUGUACAAAGCCAACGUCAAGGAGAACCAAGAAAAUGUGCUAGUUACUAGGAUCCCAGUGGAAGACAAGGAUUUGGUGAACACACCCAACUGGAAGGCCCUCUUUGAGGUCACCAAAGGAAACGAGAGUGGACAAUUCAGGAUGGAGACGGACCCCAAAACCAACGAGGGGCUUCUGUAUGUCAUAAAGGGAUUGGAUUUUGAAAAAACUCCAGUGGUGAAGCUGGAAAUAACUGCCCGUAAUGCAGUUCCACUGGUUGGGACUGAUGCCGCCUGGCUCUCUGUGCCAUUAGAGCUUAGUGUGGGAGAUGAAGAUGAAGGACCAGAGUUCAACCCUGGCAUUCUAAAUCUUAAAGUCAAGGAGAACGUUCCCAAUGGAACCGUCAUUGGAACCUAUAAAGCUCUGGACCCAGAGACCAAGAACAGCAAUGGAAUAAAGUACUAUAAGGUGACUGACCCAGGUAACUGGAUCACUGUGGUGGAGAGCACUGGAGAACUGAAAACAGCCAAGACUAUAGACCGAGAAUCACCAUUGGUCCACCAGGACAUGUACAACAUAACCAUCAGAGCAGUGGAUGAGAGUAAGAAGGCAGGAAAGGGGAUGGUUAUAAUCCUGAUCGAAGACGAGAAUGACAACAUGCCUGUGAUUCCGAGUACUGACCUGGUCAUCUGUAGUAAGGGUGAUGCGCUGAGCUCAGUUCUGGUUGAAGCUGUGGACCUCGACAAGCCACCGUUCUCCACUCCCUUCAUUUUCGAAUUUGGAGCAGAGCAUGAUGGGAAGUGGAAACUGAAGGAUAGAACAGAUUCCUCCGUGGUGCUGGAACAGGCAGUGCCCUUGCCAAACGGUGUCUACUCUGUCCCACUCUUGGUGAAGGAUCUGCAGGGAGUCGGGAAAGAGCAGACCAUGAAUGUGCGAGUGUGCUCCUGUGAGAGGGAGGAAAAUGGAGUGGGGAUAUGUGGGGCUCGAAGUGCGUCUACCUCUUUGGGCAGUUUGGGCAUCCUUGCCUUAGUGCUCUCUAGCCUGCUGUUGCUACUGUUAUGUCUGUUAGUUCUCUUCAUAUGCAGUACUAAGAGAGACAAGCUGUACAUCAAUGAUGAUACUGGAACAGGAGGAAUGCUGCUGAAAUCCAACACUGAGGCUCCUGGUGAAGAAGUGAAGGAGGGAGCUCUGAUGAUAAUUCCUGGGACAGAUGCAAUGGACGGGUCACUCCAGAAUGGCGCCAUGGUCAGUAAAAACGUGAAUUCAGCUGCAGGACAUAUCGGGCAGCAGUUUUUCCAGGGAGGCGGCGUGUACAACACCACCACUCAAGAUUUUGGGACAGAAAAGUACUACACAUCCGGACGCUAUGAUAACAACCUGUAUGGCAAUGCCGGAAAUUUCCAGAAAUUCUCAAAUACGAGUGCUCUCGACUCAUGGAAUACGAAUGGCCACUACUUGGACAGAAAACUGUCUUACUUUGGAGGGGAGGAGGAGGGGAGGUACGCGGACGACCUUCUGAAGACUUAUGGUAAUGAGGGGGCGGGCUCUCCUGCGGGCUCUGUAGGAUGUUGUAGCAACUUGGGUGAACCGGAACCACUGGACUUUUUGAACACUCUCGGCCCCAAAUUCAGACCACUGGCUGACGUCUGCUACACGACAAAUAAAAGCGUAAAGUAAAACAAGAGGUGACUGAGACGAGAGAGCGCCGUAUGCUGUUUGCUAGGGGCCGUCGAAGCA